CAUGAUGGGACCCUGUAACGGGACGCUGUCCCCACAGCCAUCGACCCCUCAGUUUUCCCUGGGUGUGUUGGUGCUCCUGGCUCUGCUCAUGGUGCUGCUGGCUCUGGUCACGAUCCUCGGAAAUGUCCUGGUGAUCCUGGCUUUCAUCUUGGACAGAAAUCUCAGGCAUCGGAGUAACUAUUUCUUUCUCAACCUUGCCAUUUCUGACUUUGCAGUGGGUGUCUUCUGCAUGCCACUAUACAUCCCUUAUGCCCUGACAGGGACCUGGCACCUGGGAAAAGGCCUAUGCAAGCUCUGGCUGCUUAUGGACUACCUUGUGUGUUCAGCUUCAGUGUUUAACAUUGUCCUUAUCAGCUAUGACCGUUUCCUGUCAGUUACAAAAGCGGUAUCUUACAGAGCCCAGCAGGGAAUGAUGUCCAACCCUGUUGUCAAGAUGGUGGCCAUCUGGAUUCUUGCUUUCCUGCUCUACUCUCCGGCAGUUCUCCUUUGGGAGUACGUGUCUGGCUGCAGCAUGGUAGAGGAAGGGCAUUGCUAUGCCGAGUUCUUCAACAACUGGUACUUCCUCCUGUGUGCAUCCACCCUGGAGUUCUUUGUGCCCCUGAUCUCUGUCACCUACUUCAACGUGAGCAUCUUCCACAACAUCCAGAGACGCCAGCGGCGCGGCAGCGUUCAAUACUGUGAGUCUCCAGGGAGCAGCAGUGUGUCCUGGAGGUUUUGUUUUUUGCUGAGG